AUGACGUCGACGUGGCUGCCCGUCGUCGGCGAGAGGAUCCGUCCGGUGAUGACCGCGGCGGAGGCCGUGUCCCCCGGCGGGGACCCGAUCCCGGCGCCCGGCGAGGGCCCGCACUGGGCCAGGCUCCGAUGGCCGCCCCCGUCCGACGGCGACGACCGACGGGAGGCGAUGGUGAGCGACGCGGAACGAACGGCGACGCUGGACCCGGAGUCAAUGGAGAGCGGCGAGCGUCGGAGCGUGAGCGUGGUGUGGGAGGACGGCGGCGAGGACGACGGCCUGGACCCCGCCACCUUCGGCCCGUGCGUCGAUCGAUCCACCCCGGGGAUGGCCGACGAGGAUCCCGACGCGCGAGCCCGCGCGUUUGCCGCGGACGCGCGCGCGAGGGGCGCCUCCAGGUUCAGGGCCGGCGACGACGCCGCGGCGGCCGCGGAGUACGUCGAGGCGUGCGCGAUGCUCGCGUCCACCCUGCCCGCCCACGCCCUCCCGGCGACGGAGGGAGGGUGGAACGUGCCGGGGUACCCGACCCCGACGGGUGGUGGUGGUGGGGAUGCGCAAACCAUGAGGAUUAACUCCUCGGCGACCGGAGCCGCAUCCUCCGCCGCAUCCUCCGCCGCGCCGCCGACGGUCGGGACGCGCGUCAGGGUGACGAGCGCCAACGGCUCGUCCAGGGCCGGGAUGGUGGCGUACGUCGAGGAGGAGGAGGGCGUGUGCGACGUGAUGUUCGACGAGGCGAACAACGGGGAGGACGACGAGGAGGUUGGCGUGCCGUUUUCUCGCCUCUUCGGGUACGACCCGUCGGCUGCGACGGAUGCGGCGUUCGACGCGACGAACGAAGACGCCGACGAGGACGACGACGCGCGACGACGAACGCGACGGGAGGCGGCGGCCGCGGCCGCGCGGGAUCGCGACGCGGUGUGCGACGAGCUCGCGUCGCGUCUGCUGGACGUCGCUCGGUGCCACCUUCGCCUCGCUCGCGGCGGGUACAUAGCGACGGAACGAAUCGUCGGGAAGGACGGGAAGCGGAGGGACGCGUGGGUGCCCGCGCGCGUGGACGCCGCGUCGGCGCGCGCGUGCGUGUCCGCGUGCGACGCCGCGCUGUUGAUGCGUCGCACGCGCGCUGGGUAUUACCUGCGGGGUAAGGCGAGGACGCAGCUGUGCCAGUUCCGAGGGGCGGAGGAUGACUUGCGAACCGCGCUGGCCACGCGAGAAACGUCGAUUGGUGGGGAGUCCAACCCGGUUGGGGAUGUCGCGUCGGAGCGCGAGGUCAAGCUCGCGUUGAGAGCGCUCAAGGCUGCGGCGAGGCACAGGCGCGCGUCCGAUCGUAAGCUGGCGAGCGCCGUCGUGUCCAACGCGUACAAGGCGCGAGUGGAUUUCGGCUUGGACCCGGGGUCAGAGCUGGAACGGACGGGGCGGGUCCCUGGUGGGCCGUACCUGAGGCCAGCGCACGAGCGGAAGCACGACGCGGUGGACGUGCGCGGCUUGGGGGACGUCAUCAAGGAGCGCGUGGCGGAGAGGGUGAAGAGGGGAUGCGUGUUGAUGUGA